CAAUUCUUUUUAAGAAAAAGGAGGGAGUUUUUUUUUUUUUUUUCCUUUAUUUUCUCCUUCUAGGGUUCCGUUACUGCCCCCAAUGGUCGAAGUCGUAAACAUGCCGGUCGAUUCCCUCGACCGUCGCCCCGGUGGAGACCGUAAAGACACCAAUAAUAACCAUAACAACAGACAAACUCCGUCAUCUGAUGACCCCAACUCCUCUCCCCCUCCUCCGCCUCCGCCUCCGCAUCGACGCCGCGACCGCGACUCGCGUGAGCGACGAGACCGUGACUAUUACGAUCGUAACCGCUGUCCUCCACCUCCUCUUCCUAGGGAGAGAGAUCAGAGGAGUCGAGGUAGCAUUAGCCCUCCGCCACCGCCGUUGAAUUUCAGGGAUAGGAGACAUUCGCCUCCUCCGCGGAGGUCUCCGCCAUACAAGAGGUCUAGGCGGGAGGAUGGAGGCUACGAAGGCAGGAGAGGGAGUCCUAGAGGAGGGUUUGGACCUGGAGAUAGAAGGUUUCGGAACAACUAUGGUGUUGGAUAUGAUCGUGAAAUGGGAAGGCCCAGUUACCCUGAUGAAAGGCCUCAUGGCCGGUACUUCAAUCGCUCUUCUGGUGGCCAUGAAGAUGACUGGGAUUCUGGCCGUGGUGGUUAUGGCAUUGCUUCGUACUCAGGGAGUGCUCAAAGAGAGGGAUUGAUGUCGUACAAGCAAUUUAUUCAAGAGCUUGAGGAUGAUAUACUACCAACUGAAGCUGAGCGCAGGUAUCAAGAAUACAAGUCAGAAUAUAUAUCUACCCAAAAACGAGCAUAUUUUGAUGCUCACAAAGAUGAGGAAUGGUUGAGAGACAAAUAUCAUCCAAUAAAGUUGGUCACUGUUAUUGAAAGGAGGAAUGAACUUGCACGCAAAGUUGCCAAGGACUUUUUGCUUGAUCUGCAGAGUGGAACAUUGGACUUAAGUCCUAGUGUCAAUGCCUUGUCAUCAAAUAAAUCAGGCCAGACAAGUGAUCCUAAUUCUGAAGAUGAAGCUGAAGUUGGUGGGAAAAGAAGGUGGCAUGGAAGGGGACCUGCUAAAGAAACUGAUUUUUCUGCUGCUCCCAAGGGUCACCCAGUCAGUGCGGAUCCUAGAAGAAUUGAGAUUGACAUUGAGCAAGCACAGGGCCUUGUAUGUAAACUGGACUCUGAAAAAGGAAUAGAGGAAAAUAUUUUAAGGGGGUCCGACAACAACAAAAUAAAUAGAGAUAAAUCUCAUGGUAGUUUGACUGGCCCUGUGAUUAUUGUACGUGGCUUGACGACUGUGAAAGGCUUGGAAGGUGUUGAGCUUCUAGAUACUCUUAUAACUUACUUGUGGCGUGUCCAUGGCUUGGAUUAUUAUGGGAUGAUUGAAACAAAUGAAGCUAAGGGUCUUAGGCAUGUGAGAGCAGAGGGAAAGAGAUCUGAUGUGACUAGCAAUGGAUCUGAGUGGGAAAAGAAACUUGACUCACACUGGCAAGAGAGAUUGAGGAGUCAGGAUCCUUUGGAAUUAAUGACUGCUAAAGACAAAAUAGAUGCUUCUGCCAUUGAAGCUUUCAAUCCUUUUGUCCGGAAGAUUAGGGAUGAAAAGUAUGGUUGGAAGUAUGGUUGUGGUGCUAAGGGUUGCACAAAGCUCUUUCAUGCUGCAGAAUUCGUGCACAAGCAUCUUAAACUCAAACAUCCGGAGCUUGUGGUGGAGCUAACAUCUAAAGUGUCUGAAGAGCUUUAUUUCCAUAAUUAUAUGAAUGAUCCAGAUGCUCCUGGUGGGACACCUGUUAUGCAGCAAUCCAUACCGAAGGACAAGCCUCAGAGACGUAAAAUAUUGGAAAAUCACUUGAAAGAUGACCGCGACUUACAUGGAGAACGCGAUAGAUCUGACAACCCUCAAACAAGUGAUUUUUCAUUGAACGAUGAUGGUCUUGAUGGGGGGAAUCGUGAUGAUCCAAUUUUUGAUGCUUUUGGUGGACAAGGGAUGCAUGUUGCAGCUCCAUUUUCUUCAGAUGUUGCACCUCCGCCAGUAUUGAUGCCAGUUCCUGGUGCUGGUCCAUUGGGGCCCUUUGUUCCAGCUCCACCUGAACUUGCAAUGCAAGUGUUCAGAGAGCAAGGUGCUCCUCCUUUUGAAGGCAAUGGUAGAAGUGGACGUUCUGGACCUAAUUUAAGUGGACCAACCCCCUUUCUUUUGCCUCCUGGCUUCCGACAGGAUCCUCGGCGUCUACGAAGUUAUCAGGACCUAGAUGCACCGGAGGAUGAAGUCACCGUAAUAGACUACAGGAGCUUGUAGACAUUAGAAAUAGAGGUGGCAGAAAGCUAUUCAUCAAACAGUCCAAGGACAAAUGUUGUUAAUGUUACGAUUGACUGCCAGAGAAGCAAUGAUGAAAAAUUCUUAAAUCUUGCCGGGUGCACAAUAGCUGCUUCCCUUUGUAAUGAAGAGGUAUUCUACUGCUGUGAUUUCACUAAUGAGAUUAAUUGCUGCGAACAAUCCUCUUUAUCCUUUACCCCGUCUUAUCUAACUUUAAAAGGUGAUGUUGAUGAACAUGGGAUGGGUGGCAUAUAAAAUGGUAAGCAAAUUUGUAAAAUGGACUUGUAGUGGAUAGGCGCAUAUUUUGUUUUGAUCUUCCUAGUGUUAAAAAGAGGUAAGGUUUUCAUACUUAUGAUAAUAAAAUUGGUCUCUUUGUUGAGAUUUUUGGAA